AUAUGGCUGACCCUCUUGAGUUUAAUAACCCUUUCUGGGAAGCCCUACCGGAAGGCGACAUUGGCUACGCCGACGCACCUAUAUCACCCUCCGACAUCUCGGUCGGCACAGCCACGCUCGGCAUAGUAGGCCAGGGAACCAUAGCUGUGAAAUCGAGAGCUACACAGAAGCUGGAGUUCUGCAUUUCAAACGUUGUCGGAUCUCCCAAGUUCUGGUUGAAUAUAACCCGGGACACCUGUACGUUCAGUAAAGGGGAACCAAAUGGUCAGAGAACCCCCUAUGUGUCUGAGUGCCUGAGACCUGAAGCCGUGCCAUAUUUACCGGAGGCGGCACCGCCCGAUGGGGUGACUCACUGGCUCUCUAUCGAUAAAAGUAAUUGCAGAAUGCGUUAUGGGAAAUACUAUACCUGCAAUGCUUUGACAAUUAAGCAGGUUUCGCUGAACGAGGACGGCCCAUUGUUGCAAAAGUUGACAACUGUUUCGGUUAAUGAUGAAGUUUCGCCUGUUACCAUCAAGCGUUUCCCGCUUCCAGUUACAGAGGAUCUCCCACCGAUUGUGGUCAGCAACGAAUCAAUCUGCCUACGGGACUUGGAUCUUGCCAGGGUGACUACUUGGGCGAAUCUGCCCCGAGCGUGUCAGACUCUGUACCACAAUAUCGUCGGACAAGGCAUAACACUCAAGACGGACGAUUUUCAAGACCUACCGGAGGUUAUACAUAAGAGCGUUACAACGCGGGACUAUUGGGGAUACAAUAAGCUCAGAAUGAAGUGUAACAACCCAGACAACCCCAACCCCGCAGAGUUUCUAUUGAAAUAUCUCCGAGUUACCAUAGGGUCAAGCAAGGGUAAUUCCCCCGGCAUUCCCUACGUAAUGGAGGUCUGGCCCCCUAAACACCGGUCUGUGAUUCACGACCAUGGCAACGCAUGUGCGGUCAUUCGCGUACUCUCGGGUACGAUUAAUUGUACCUGGUAUGACUCGCUUGACACUCAAAACAGACCAACUCAGUUGGGUAAUACCACUGAGUUCAAGGAAGGCCAAGUCACUUGGCUAGGAGAGAACCAUUACCAGGUCCACUCACUGGAAAACAAUACAACGCAGACUUGCAUCACCUUACAGUGCUAUGCGUUCGCGGAGAAUAACAAUAUACAUGACGAGAAUUUUUGGUAUAUUGACGAAGUUGGGGGCGAAAAGAGGGCCUGGCCCCCUACCAGUGAUUGUACUUUUGCAGACUUCUACGAAAUUAUGAAGUCCGAGAAGGACCAAGUUCCGGGCGAUAGGGCUGCAUAA